AUGGGCGCGGCCUGGAGAGUUGAUGUCCCGCAUGGUGGGCUGACUCGGGAUGCCCGCAUGAGCCAGGGAGCUCUUAAGGGACGCGCGCUCGCCGUCGCCAUUUUGCUUUGGCUGCCCUGUGCAGAAGCAGAACUUGGGCCACGAAUCGCGUUGCCCGCCUCCGGCCACCGAUGCAGCCGGAUGGAGGCGCAGGUGGUCGCCUUGGAGGUCAAGGCGCCCUUCGCGCCCUUCGCCGCCCGGGGCAGCGGCCUGGCGCUGGCGCUGCCCGGCUCGUCAAAAGAGUCGGCGCUGGUGCUCACCACCUGCCAGGUGAGGCCGGGCAGUUGGCUGGCGGUCGGCAGCGGCGGUGCAGUGGUGGAGGCCCAGCUGGUGGCGAGCCUGCGGCUUCGCGGUGCCUCGGAGGCCUUCCGGAGCCUCAGCGUGCGGGGCUGGAGGUGUGGGGACGGCUUGCAGCUUCACUUGCUGCGGGCUGACCUCCACCUCCAGGCCCGGCGCCUGCGGCUGGGCGGCGGUCCGCAGGACCGCUGGGUGGGCCGCGGCCUGCGGCUCCUCUCGGCGCCGUUCGGCGCCAACGGGGCGCUGUCCGGCGCCUGGGCGCCGGAGGUGGUGACCCGAGGCGUGGUGUCCAACCUCUCCAGCCCAAUGGGGUUGCUGCUGACAGAUGUCCGCACUGCGGAAAGCUUUGCCGGCGGCGCCUUGGUUCUGGACGACAACCCAGAAGAGGUGAUUGCUCUCAUGGCGCCUGCCCUGCGCAGCGUUUCAGGAGAGGCCGUGGCUCUGGCUGUGGCCAUCCCAAUGCUGGACGUGCUGGAUGCCAUGUUGGAUGAGCCAGCUGGCCAGGCCUUGUGGCCCGAAGAGCUGAAGUUCUUCCCGAUGCCGAGCCCCAUAGCGCCGAGCCCGCCGGACCAGGUGCUGCAGGGCGUGGCGCUGGUGUGGCUGCCCUCCGGUAGCUGGGCCAGUGCGCUGGUGCUCUCGGAGCAUGGGCACCUGCUGACCUGCGUGCACCUGCUGACGGGCAGCAGCUGGAUGGAAGCGGCCCAGGAUGGCAAGGAGCCGCGGACUAGCUCCUCGCCCGCCUUCUGCCACGGGCGGUGCUAUGCCCAGACCCCCGAGGGCGAGACGGUAAUGGCGAGCUUCGAAGCCGACGUGCUGCACGCCUUCGAGGGCUUCCUGGAUGUGGCGCUGCUGAGGGCCCGGCCCAGCAGGGGCUACAAGUUCAACCCGGGCCUGUGGCAACGGCAGGCCGAGCCGGUGGAAGGCACCGAGGUGUGGGCGGUGGGCCAUGGGCUCUUCGGACCCGGGAGCCCCUGGCAAGGCCCCUCUGUGACCUGCGGCACGCUCUGCAGGGUCGCCAGAGGGGUCAAGGGGGACGCGCGCGCGCGGCCCGCGGUGUUGCAGAGCUCCGCAGCGGUGCACCGGGGCUGCUCUGGGGGCGCGCUGGUGGCAGCGGGCCAGCCGCUUUGCUCAGAUGAUCGCCUGGUCGCCCCGGCGAGGGAAGAUCGGGUUGUCGCCCGUGUCGACAUGGCAAUUCUUCACAAAGACAUCUCCCAUUGGGUGGGGACCUACGUGGAGCCGGACUGCCUGGCCCGCCUUGCGGCGGCCUGCCGCGGUUUGGUGACGCCCCACCUGUGGCAGUGCCGCGCCGACCAGCUGUGGCCCGGCCUCGAGCUCGAGCUCUGCAACGGCGCCGACGGCCCGGGCUUCCGGGCCUUCGACCGGGCCUUCCGCGCGCUCCACGCGGGCUGCCGGGGCCGUGCGUCGCAGGUGGACGCGGCCAGGGCGCGCCAGGUGCUGGAGCGCGCGCUGGAGGCGCCCAGAGAGGCGCCACGGAACAAGGUGCUGUUGACUUUGUACCACGGUGCCACCGUUCUGGCCAGAGGAUGCAGCAGCAUCACUUUGUAUGAGCAAGAGCCGAGUGGCCGGGCUGCCGAGAGAGCCCAAUUUGAGCUGAACGUGGGCCACUUGCGACAGCUCUUGGACAGCUGGCUGGACCGUCACAUCUGCAUUCAGCGAAGUCUCAGCCGACAGCUUCUGGUGAGCUGCGAGAUGAGCAACCCGGACUUGCUGCGGGCGCUUGAGCUGACCGUGGUGCUUCAGGUCUGGACUUGGGGCGACGGACUCCGAGUAGUGAGCCCCCACCUGCCGCUACGCCAGGUGAGCCAGGACCGGCGGGGUUUCCACCUCCACUUUGUGCACGUGCCCUUGGAUGGCGGCGACUUGUCCAAUUGCAUCGAACUGCUUGUGCAGCUGGACAGCGACGGCAAGGAGGGGGAGAGUCUAGAUGAGACUUGUGCAAUUGCCACAUUGCUCGGGCGGACGACGACCUCCCGGUCACAUCACCAGCUCCUCUUUGAUGGAUAUCUCGGUGCCCUGUGUUCGCUCAUAUGA